AUGGUCAAGCCAAGUGCCAAAAGGCCUAAUCAGCCAUCGUCCUCCAAAUUUCAACAGAACAAAAGGUUCAAGAAGAAGGAUACGGAUGAAGAAAAGGUUUGUUGCUUUCAUUUUUUCCUUCCAUCUUUAGGUACGAAAUCUAUGUUCCUCCAGAAAUGAAGCCCCUUUUCUAUUCUAUGUUCUCAUAUUUCAGCCUGAAUCGUCGGAACAUAAGCCUUAUAUCAAUGCCUACAAACGAGCCGAACUUGCUUAUCAGAAGAUCCAGGAAGAGAAGAAAGCAGCGGCUGAAGUGAAAAAACUGGAGAGGCAAAAGCAACAAGAAAAACACGAGGAAUACCUCACAUUGCGAAAGAAGAUGAACAAAGCGUUGAAACAGAAGACCAAGAAAGGACAGCCAAAGCUGGGAGCGCAGAUGGAUGUGUUAUUAGAAAAGAUCCAGAGGAAACUGAGAGAGGAGAAAGAGGAAGAAUAA